GCGACGCACCUCACACUACGCGUUCCCCGGCAGGUUCGACGAUUUUUGUCCACCUUUAUAAUAAUAUACAGGAAUAAGGUACUACGAUAAUAAUAUCGUGGUAUAGUACUAUGACGACGUCGGAAGUCGAUGCGGCAGAUUUGGACGGCGGCGUCGACUAGUCAUACCUAUUCGUCAUACACUACACUGUUUGUAGGCCGCAAUCGCGACCGACUUGUUUUCAUCGCACCCGGACCCGAAAAAUAUCCGACUAUCCCAUAUCGUGAUCCGUAUUAUCGUUAUAAUAAUAACCGAUAAUAGUCGUCAACCGAUUUGUGCGAUUUAAAAAUAACGAUUUCCGAUACGCAGCAAUAACGCGUUCAAAAUAACGAUUUUUUUUUGAUUUUUUUUUUUUUUUUUUCUUGCUGUCGAUAGAACGCGUAAACCAUCUCGCCGGUCGCUUAUUCGAUAUCAUAUAACCAAUUUUAACGGCGACGAAAUGAAGUUGCCGCCGCUGCAAUGGCUCGCAGUAGCGGCCGUCAUCGUCGUUGUCGCGGCGGCCGCCUCGCCGACGGCCAACGCUCCGGCCACCGCGGCCGCAUCCGCCGCCGACACGGCCGAAGACGACGACGGCGACAGCGUAUUCCCGUUCAGAGCCAUCCAACUAUACAACACCGUGGCCGGUUACCUGGAAUACAUUUUCGACAUGGUCAUAGCACCCAUCACCGGUGGUGCAUCAAGCAAAAAACAAACAACCAGUAAAGUUUCGUACAAAAAAUUUCAAAUCAUUAGAGUUUUACCGUCUGACGAGGACGAAGUACUUGACUUAGAAGGAAUGUCCGAAGAACCAGGUGUGCAAGUCUGGAUGCCUAUACAGUUGAAUAAAACGGCAGAUCUCGUAUUACCACCUAGUGUAGCUAGAGACGUAAAAAGAUUUUUAACAGAAAGAGAAAUCAACUUCGUUGUACUCAGUUCCGACUUAGAAAGAAGCAUUAAUAAACAAAAUCCUAAAAUGCCAUCUGUUAAUCAACAAUCAGAGUUAAAAGCAACAAAAGGACAUGUAAUGACUUUUAAUAGAUAUCAUCGUUAUCAAGAUAUUCUCGACUACUUAAUGUAUCUAUCGGAAAACUAUCCUCAUUUAGUGGAAUUGUUGCCUAUCGGAAAAACUGUAGAAGGCCGACCACUAAAAGUAGUGAAAAUAUCAAGUGGACAAACUAGGGAAAAUGUUGUCAAACCGGCUAUAUGGAUUGAUGCAGGAAUUCACGCAAGAGAAUGGAUAUCACCAGCUGUAGCACUAUUCAUUUUAAGGCAAUUAGUAGAAAAUAAAUCUUAUAGAACACUGGUUUCUGAGAUCGAUUGGUAUAUACUACCAAUGAUAAACGCAGAUGGCUACGAGUAUAGUCAUACCGUAGAUCGUCUAUGGAGAAAAUCUAGGAGGACUGCAACUAUCAAAUCGGGAAGAACUCUAUGGGAUACGUCAUAUGGUUGUGAAGGUGUUGAUUUAAACAGAAACUGGGAUUGGCACUGGGGAGGAGUUGGCGCUAGUCAAGACCCGUGUUCUGACACUUUUGCCGGAUCACAUGCUUUUUCGGAACCAGAAACUAGAGCAGUAUCUGAUUUUAUAUUAGACCACAGGGAUAGAAUACAAGUUUAUUUAACGCUACAUUCUUACUCACAAAUGUGGCUAAUGCCUUGGAGUCACACAAAAAAACUUUCGGAUGAUUAUGAUGAUAUGAUGUAUUUAGCGAGACAAGCAACUGAAGCAAUUCAAAAAGUACACGGUUCACAGUAUCAACUCGGCACUACUCCAUCACUGCUUUACACCGUAUCAGGAUGUUCGGAUGACUGGGCCAAAGGGAAAGCCGGUAUAAAAUACAGCUAUACGAUAGAACUUCCAGAUAAAGGAUUGUACGGUUUUCUAUUGCCAGCUGAGAAGAUUGUAACAACAGGAAAAGAAAUAUUUACAGGCAUUAAAUCCAUAGCAAAAUCAAUAUUGAAAAUUAACAGCAUGAAGGAGAAGUCUAAAUUAAUAGGAUGAUACAUUACAUCUUUUGUCUUGACAUGAAAUUUGACAAUGAAACGACUUUCGAUUGAAUUCAAAUAUUUAAUAUCAAUUGAAAUAAACUGGUCAA